AUCUCUGUGUGUUCUCCCUGGUAAAUAAUUCAAAUAAUUUUUCUUACUUGUUUUGAAUUGGUAAAAUUACCGUCUAGUCGGACAAUGGGAGAACAAGAUAUGCUGGACAUUGUACAAGCUUUUAUUUUUUAUUUAUUUAUUAAUUUUUUUAUUUUUUAUUAUUUUUUAUCUUUUUAGAAUAAAAUUUUCUUUUUAAGUAAAAUACAGAAAAUUGAUGUCCACAUAGUGCUGAUAUUUUUUGUGAAAAAAGCUUUUUAGAAACAGUGAGAUCUGCGUGUAUUUUUUUCUAAAAUUAUCCCAACCACUCUUUCACAUAAAGUCAAAACUAAUUGUUUUUCCUGUUUAGGAUCUCUUUAAUGACCGUGUUUUGAAUAAAAAAAUGUUAUCGAUUCUAAUUCAUCUUUACAAAUCGAACGAAGCUAUGUGGGAAUUCCCAAACAGACCGUCAUGAAACUGCGUCUAAGUAGCCUACGCCAUUUUUAAUUCUCCACAAAACAUGUUACUGCGAAGUUAUUUUUUAAAAAACGACUUUCUUCAAAGGUUAUAUAGAUGAUGUACUGAAUCGAUUAUUGACAACUAGUGCAAAAGAUUGAUUUGAGAAGUAACACCUGAGCUAUUACAAUUUUAAAAAGAACAGACAUGUCUGAAGAUUUGCGCACUCCGUUGCUUUCUAACAACAACGCCGCCUGCGACAAUGAUCCGCUAUUGGAUUGGCCGUUUGAACCAAUUAUCGACACAGAAAAUCUUAUGCCGACAUCUUUCGAUGACUUAGUGAAUGAUGACUUAGUGAAUGAUUCUGUAUUGAUCAAUUACAACCCAACAAUGGAUAACAAUGACGAAGAUCUGACAGAUAACAACUACGAACAAGAGCUACCUUUUGAGUAUCCAGUUCCAUCUGACCUGUCGAUAGAUGCCACUAACUUUUGCUUUGACAUUAAAUGUGUUCAAUUUCCGAAAAAGAUUUACAAAAAGCAGAGAAGAAUGACGAUCGACAAGAAGCAGACAUCACAACAAAGACUGAAAGAAGAUGAAGCUCAGUUUAAAGUGAUGCUCAUGUUUAAUCGACCCAACGCUCUCAGAGACAUUAAAGAUAUCAAAGUAAAAGUGCUUCGUCAAAAUCCGGUCCCAAUUCAAAUGAAGCUCUUCACUGGUGAAGCGUUGCUAAGUAACUGCAAUUGGUACCAAGAGCAACCAAAUUCCACAGGGGUCACUCUGAAAGGUAAUUUAGACGUAUACAAAGUUGGCGAUGAGGAAGUGUACAAACUAGCAAAGACUGGGAUGAGCGAGCAUAAUAUGUUCGUAGUUAAAAUCGAAGUAAUAUUUCGAAACGGCGUGACAACAAGAAAUACGACCGAGCCGUUCUUGGUUGUCGGGCGAAACGACAAGUUUGACUUGCCUGGUAUACUGAACCCGAAUUAUACUGCUGUCAAAAAAAGACGGUUGGAAUCAAGCGUGUCAAGUAAUCCAUGUUCUGUGGAGUCUCGGGGAAGUAUCAAUGGUAGCCCGAUAAAUAGUUAUUACGAGUCCGACUCGUCUGGAACAAAUUCGUUUGUUCAGCGAUUUGACGAACGUUACGCGAAAGUACAGAAGAAAGUGUUUGAUUAUCUAAAGGCAAGAGUUGGCGAGUUUGAUGAGCUUCGUGGUAGCUUGUUAACAACUAAAAACGGCGAUAUCGCGUAUCACUUCAUUGUCAACCCCAACGUUCAUGCCGACUUCUCAACUGGCGAAGUGAUUGGUUUCUUUAGUGACAAGCUUGGUAAGACAGUCAUCGAGAAACUAACUGGUGAAAAUGCUUCCAGAGCUUACAUGAAAGGUGUUGUAACAAAUUCUCAAUAUAUCGAGGCUAACAAACCGGCAGACGAAAACGUAAAAACAGCCACAGUAUGCAUGUUAGGACUGGUCGAUGUCAACGCAAUGGGUUCUAUAGAACCUGGUGAAUCGCUAUACGCCUCACAACGGUGUCCCGGAAUUGCUGUCUCUGAAUACCACUCGACCCAUUCCUUCUCUGAUAAAGACGCUUAUAUUGGCCAAGCGUUGGAAAGAAAAAAAUGCACACGAGAAUCAGAGAGACAUUCGAUAAAAGCGUUGGUCUCGCUAGUGGGUGGAGCUAUGAAUAAAGUGAUGCGCAAAGAAUUAUCUGAAAUAGAAGAGAGUAUGCAUGUUAAUUUGAAAGUGGGCGGAAGACGAUCACGUCGAUGUAUUUGUAUUGCAUCCGUCCUUGUGGUUAUCCUACUGGCUUUAUUUCUGGUUUUGUUUUGGCAACUUUACCUGCCAGGUUCGGAGUACAAACGAUACAAGUGUCGUAAAGGUUCCAUAGCUGGAAGUGUAAAUCAUGCUAAAUACUGGACGUGGGCUGAAGAAAUGGGUCACAAAGGAAUAGAAUUUACAUGCAAUGCGUUGUGGGAAAAAGUCAAGGAUCGAUUUUAUCUAAGCGAAGACGAACGCAACAUUCAUGCUUAUCGUUGCCCAGACAACUAUCACUACUACCUGAACGUGGAAAGAUGUUCUGGAAUUGGAAAUAAUCCUCUCAUGUUUGCCAUCGAUCGCAACUGCACCCACGUGUACACCUUUCGUGAAAACACUGGCAGAUGGACCGUCGAAAAGCUGGUUUGUUGGGAUCCAAAAUGUAACAUACAAUGCUCAUUCACCGAUGGGAGAGAUGACUCAAAUUGUAGCAAAUUAAAUUACAGUAAAAACUGCACGUUAAUUCUUCCACGUAGGUUGAAAUAUUGACAUGUUUAACUAACCUGGCUGAGUCUGCUUUGGAUUUUUGCGCCUGGCACUGUAAUGCAGAUCAAGUAAUGUCGUUGCAUAAAAAUAGAGUGGUCUGACUUUUAAAUAUUUUGAAGUUGAAUAGAUGUUCGGGAUAAAACAUACAGGACAAGGUGCUCACUGUCCUAAAAUUCUACCAUAAAUGUUUAAGGAGAUUUCUGUACUUUGGAAUUUUUUUUAUCUAUAAUAGUUUUUUUGUGCAAAUUUACUUUCAUGGACUUGUGGAUAAGCAAAUUUUUGAAGAACCCGCAAAACCGCAAAUUUUUCUGCCGAUAAAGUGAUUGAUUUCACUUGCUCAUGUGGAGGCAAUCUUGCAAUCUUCCUAAAAAUAAACUGAGUGGCCACCCUGGUAAAAAAAUAUUAUUGUAAGUACAAAACUUGGCUGGUACCAAGUACAAAUAAGAAAAAACUUACUCUUGAAUUGGGAACGAGUUUUUUCUUGAGAUUAAAAAAACAAACAGAAAUAACCAGUUUUUGAAUCAAAACUGGUUAUUAAAAGACGAAAAUAAAAACAAAAACAAAUUCUUUUUCGUUUGUAGUUUAUUCUCUUGAGACGAAUAAUAUGUACAUGUUUUUAUUUUUAACAGCUCGUCUGAAGAUACAUAUUUUUUAAUAAUAAUUUUGUUCUGUUGUAAGUCUUUUUGUUUUGUGUAGUUGCUUGUGAUGCUAUGAGAGAAUAUAAAAUGUAUGUUCUAGCGCAGUCGCGUGCGUGCAAUGCAUUGACGUCACAGCAAAUCCAGUACCAACGAGCAUCCUGCGGUACCAUGCCAUGCUUAGCCAUGGCUAUUUCCUAUCAUACAGCAAUGAGUAAAGGGAAUUCCCUAAUAAGUAAUGACGUCAUAAAAUGCAGCAAAUGAGUCCAAAAUUCUAGCGCAGGUGGAAUUCCCUGGUAUUCAUAAAAAAUGAACGCAUGCGCUGUAAAGACUAAACUGCGUUAGUAUUUUUAACCGCUAUGAAAUCUUCCGACAAUGUUAAAA